CAUCGUUGCGCAGUCGCCGUCUUGAGCCUCGUUUCGCCUGGUUCUCGUUUCACUCGUCACGCCCUCAUUGCGUUGCGUGCGUGCGUGCGUGCGUGCGUGCGUACCUGCCUGUCAUUCCGCCUGCCAUUCCGCCUGCCGUUUCUCGUCUCGUAGGAGGGGACGCGCCGCCUCGUGCUCCCUCGCCGUCAUGGGGUCGUGAAGGGAAUUCUCCAAGACCCUUCCCUCGUACCCGGGCGGGCACCGUGCGCUGCGCUGCCCUCGAAGUUGGUUAUAAGACCAGAUGCUUGGUCGCCACUUCCUUCUCUUCCCCCCUCUCUUAACACUCUUACCUUUCUCACCUAGCCCACUCUCUCCCUCUCGUCAAGCUCUUCAACGCCCAGCAUGCACUUCGCCGCCCUCUUCUCCAUCGCCGCCGCCGGCCUCGCCGCUGCCGCCCCCUUCUCGCUGCCCAACGGCUUCCCCAACAUCAAGCCUGGAAACCUCGCCCACACGCAGAAGACGGCUGGUGGCACCCUCCCCAACACGGCCCUUCCCACCGACCUCAAGAAGGACGCCAUCGCCACUCUGCAGCUCAUUGCCGUCAACGAGAUCUUCGAGGUCUCCUACUUCUCGACCCUCUAUGACAACGUUGUCGCCGGCAAGGAGGGCUACACCGACUUCGGUGGUCUCGACAAGGACUACGUCGUCAAGUCGCUCGCUGCCAUCCGUGCGCAGGAGGAGCUCCACGCAGCUGGUGCCAACGCCAUCUUGAAGAGCGCUGGUGCCUCUACGAUUGGCGCCUGCAACUACAAGUUCCCCGCCACCGACUUCAAGUCGGCCAUCGCUCUUGCUGCCACCUUCACCGACGUCGUCCUCGGCACCCUCUCUGAGGCUCAGCAGACCUUUGCUCUCGACGGUGGCCAGGCCGCUUCGGGCCUCGUCCCCCUCGUAGGCUCCAUUAUCGCCCAGGAGGGCGAGCAGGACGGUGCCUUCCGCCUCAUCCAGCGCAAGACUCCCUCUGCCGCUCCCUUCCUCACCUACUCCUCGGGCGCCUUUGCCUUCAACGCUGUUGCGCAGAACUUCCUCGUUCCCAACUCGUGCUCGGCCUCGUCCAACGUCUCGGAGAUUGGCCUGCCCAGCUUCAAGCUCCUCACCCCCACCACUACUCCUCAGGCCAAGAACAUGACUCUUGACUACACUACCACUUACUCUGACGCCUCGGCCCAGGCCAACCACAUCGUCUACAUCAGCGGUGUCAACAAGCCCGUCGUCGUCCCCAUCAAGUCGGUCAGCAAGAAGGGCGACUCGGCUACCUUCCAGGCUGAGUUCCCCUUCGACGCCGGCUUCUCCAACGGUCUCACCCUCGCCGCCCUCACCACCUCGGCCGGUCCCUUCGACAGCGCCGCCGCCGUCGCUGACAAGACCGUCGCCGGCCCCGGUCUCAUUGAGGUCAACUAAGCGGGCGUCGGUGCAGUUGGCAUGCGCGAGUCCACGAACCACGAACACUGUCUUUGCUCUUUCUCUUCGUCUUCUUUCACCCAGCUCUGAUAUCCAUUAGUCACUCAGCUUUUGCCUAGCAUCACUGCCUGCUUUGCUCACGGAAUUACAUUUUCACAUUUAUUCUCCAGCAC